AUGUCGAUAUCUUCCAUAAUGCAAAACAGUAAUCUUUUGCUGUUAUUUAGCAACAACUCUAAUUUAUUCAAAUUAAUGAUUGUAUUAUUUAUUGAAAGAAAAAAUAUUGGCACCACAGGUAGAGUGAAGCAGAGUUGGGCGAUCCAUUUUCUGAUCCAUUUUCUGAUCGGAAAAUUUUAA